AUCCAACAGCCUCCCAUUUCUACUAUGUUUCUCCUUGAGCUUGAACAUACCUGGUGCUCUGCCUUCAUUUCAGCUGAACUCGUGAGUAAGGCACGUUGCCUGAUAUCUCUCAAAAGUGAAUAGCUUGUUAUUACCUGAAGAGACUGAAUUAACUAUCUUCCAGUAUUGAAAGGGUUAUGAAGAGCUGUAUUUUUUCCAGCACCUCUGGUACUUCUUUGUUGCCUGGUUUUUCAAGAGCAUGAGUUAUUCUGGUUAUCAAGGGAGCUUAAACCCGAAUAUUUCUUCACCGGAUGCUACAAAGAAAGAAAGGAAACAAACUUGCGAUGUGGAACUAACAGUUAUGGUUUCAGCUUGUGAAAACUUGCAGAGUCAGUGAGAAGGCAAGGAGCAACAUUUGCCGAGGACAAUGUCGGUACUGCUUAGUAAUUUGUCACUCAAUGGGACAGGCUUCUUUGCUGAAAAUCAUGGCAUUAUAGAUAAACCUAAUGAGCAGAGAACUUUGAAUGUCUUUCUGUUUUGCUUGACUUUUAUCAUUGCAUUCACAGUGCUUCUGGGCAGCAUUUAUUCACUGGUUUCCCUGCUUAAAAUGCAGAAUAAAUCCACAAUUUCAAUGAUUGUGACCUCUUUGUCAGUAGACGAUUUGAUCAGCAUUGUGCCAGUGAUUAUUUUCAUGCUCACCCAGUGGUCGGGUGAUGCCCUUCCUCAGCCUCUGUGCACCACCUCAGCACUUAUAUAUUUAUUCCAGGGCAUUUCUAGCAAUCUGAAAGGGUCUCUUAUAGUUUCCUACAACUUCUAUAGCAUCAACAAAACUGAGGCAAUGAACUGCAGUGCUUCCAAACGACGAGUGAGCAUCGUGUGGGCAAUUCUCAGCAUUUGGAUCAUCAGUUUGCUCAUCUGCAUUUUGCCUCUCUGUGGUUGGGGCAGGUACAUCCCCACCUCAUGGGGCUGCUUCACAGACCAUGCAAGCUCCUACAUCUUGUUCUUAUUUAUUGUCUACUCGUUGUGCUUUUGCCUCCUCACAGUGCUGUCUGUCCCUCUAACUUACCAGCUGUUGUGCUCAGAUGAACAACAGCUAUUACACAUCGACUACCAGGAAAUCUCUCGAGGCUACAUCACCCCUGGGACACCUGCAGGCUGCAGUACUGCCACCCCCUGUCUGUCACCAGUGGACCCUGUGGAUAAAACCCUGAAGCAUUUCCCAAAUGCGUGUCUAAGCUCAAAGGCAGUUUUUAGGAAAGGUGUGGCUGAGGGCAGUGGACUCGAGCCCCGAUGCAUGAACAGCGCAAAGAGCAGGAGCUUCACGGUGGGCUUUGCCCAGAAACGAUUCUCACUGAUUCUUGCACUGACAAAAGUCAUUCUCUGGCUUCCAAUGAUGAUACAAAUGGUUGUCCAGCACAUUGUUGGCUAUCAAAGCCUUUCGUUUGAGACACUUAGCUUCCUGCUGACAUUGCUGGCUGCCACCGUCACCCCGGUAUUUGUCCUGUCAGAGCACUGGAUCCACCUGCCCUGUGGCUGCAUCAUAAACUGCAGGAGGAAUUCAUAUGCUGUGUCUUCAGAGGAACUCAAAACCAAACACAGAGGUUUCGAAUUCAACCUUUCCUUCCAGCACAGUUACGGAAUCUAUCGAAUAUCCCCUGAGAGCCACCACCACGAUGGCGAUGGUAAAUCCACAUCGUGCCACAACCUGCUGGUUUGCGAGAAACCCUGCGAGCCACCGAAGGGAGGCAGCGGCGGCGCGGCGCGGGCAGAACUCAGCACCACGGACAGCGCCCGGCCGGACCCUGCGGGCUUCAGCUGCGCGGACAGCCUGCGGCCCGGCCCCGCGGGGCUCAGCACCGCGGACGGCGCCAGACCCGGUCCGGCGGGGUUCAGCACCACAGACAGCGGCCGGCCCGGCGCCGCGGGGGUGCGCGGAGAGACGGCCUCGGGCCUGGGCAGGAGCGCGGAUGGAGCCGAGAGGAGGCUGUCGCACGAGGAGGGCCACAAACCAGAGCUCACGGACUGGGAGUGGUGCCGGAGUAAAUCAGAGAGGACCCCUCGGCAGGGCAAGCCAGCUGCUAGCAUUUUGUCAGCCAGAUUUCUUUGUCGAAGGACCGUGUUAAGGCACAGUCUGGCAAGAUUUUUGCACGCAAUGAAACCUAUUUUCCUUCUCAUGCUCUUUAGUGAAGAAAGGUCUGUGCUGCUGAGGAGGGACCCUGUGUGUGUCUGCAAAGAGAGGAAGGACAGGAGGAGGAAGUUUGGCCUCUGUUUGGUGAUCUGCUCCUCCAGGCAGCAUGGAAGCACUGCAGCUGGAGAGGGAACUGCAGCACCGAAGGAGUACACUUGCACUCCACAUAGCAGUGAUCUGGGGAUACCUGAGCGAUCAGGUGGGGCCUUAGCUAUUCCUCUGUGUGCAUUUCAAGGAACUGUGUCACUUCAGGCACCCACAGGAAAAACUCUCUCCUUGUCUACGUACGAGGUAAGCACUGAAGGACAAAAGAUAACACCCACCUCAAAGAAAAUCGAAGUGUAUCGAUCUAAAAGCGUUGGUCAUGACCCCAACCCAGAGGAGUGUCCUAAUUCAUUUGCUGACACCAGUGUUAAAAUUCAUUUAGAGGUUCUGGAGAUUUGUGACAAUGAAGAGGCUCUGGAUACUGUUUCCAUCAUCAGUAAUAUCAGCCAGUCCUCCACACAGGUAAGAUCUCCAUCCCUACGCUAUUCACGGAAGGAAAACAGAUUUGUCUCAUGUGAUCUAGGGGAAACUGCUUCCUACUCACUCUUCAUACCAUCAAACAAUCCUGACAGCGAUAUUAACAUAACAAUUCCAGACACGGUGGAAGCUCACCGGCAGAACAGUAAAAAGCAGCACAUGGAGAGAGGUGGUUAUCAGGAAGAAAUACAGAUGUUGAAUAAAGCGUACAGAAAACGGGAUGAAGAUGGCAACAGCAAUUAAAAGACAUUUAAUCUAAACAUUUAAACUGAUUCAGGAGACAUUGCUCCUCUUGACUCAAGUUACCCUAACAAAUACAGUGCCAACUGGUUUUUUGGGUUUGUUUUUUCCUAGCGUAUAAAUUAUUUUUAUUUGGGUGCACUGUUAAAUAGUUAACAUUUACAAAUGGGAAAACAAAUGCUUCAGUGCUUUGCAGCUUUGUGUAAUGAAGUUCAACUUAUUUACGUAUCUCUUUAUUUGAGGAAGACUUGCAUCUGAAAGGAAUCCUAAAUAAAGUCUUAAGAGACAACCUUGCAUGCUUGUUGGCAUUGGGUGGUCUUUGGGAAGCCAGAAAAUGAGAACAGCUCUGCAUCCAUGAAGAUGUAACAGGUUUCAGUGAUUGUUGCCGUUCUCCUGCUGGUGUGCCAGACUUGAAACAUUUACUGAAAAUAUGUAGCACAAGCCUAAGACUAAGCCAUGCAUUUGGUUAGGGAUUGUAUGUGGCCUACAUGGUUUAAUUUUGCACUGCUCCAUACGUGAUUGAUAUGUAAUGUCUCUGUAAGUGGCCAUUGUAUAGACCUUUGAAUGUGGGGGGCUGAAAUUUUAGCAUGCACAUCUUACAAGACCAACGCUGUGCAAAUGUGUUCCCAUGGCUUGACAUUUCUUUCAUCGAGUGUGUCAGAUGUUGGAUGAUUUUAUGCUGCUUACUCUAAAGUGUGCCAUUUUCUGCCUCCUUGAUCUUUUAGGAGAGGGGACAGGGCUGUUCAAGAAGGCCAAACUUAGAGACCCAGCUUACCUGUUGACCUCAGCUUGAGGCUGAUUGCCCACAUUAGCUUUCUGCCCUGGAGCACCUUCUGGAGGAGCUUAUCCUUAUGCUGCCUUACAGGAAACCUAGAGUCCAAUCGCAAGCCCUAGAGCCCAAUCAAACUAAAGCCUGUGAAUAGACUGUUUCUUGUCACAUUCGAUGCUAAAACAGUGAAUGAAGUCCUUAAAUCUAAUGCUUUUUGAUGAGAGCUCGUUUUCUGAGAUUUUGUCAUUCAUUUUAGCUAGACAGAAAUAGACUUCAGCAGGGCUUUCAGAGGUUUGACUAAAAGUUACACCACUUCUUUAAUUAAUAGAUUCAAUUUUCAGUGAGUGACAACAUAAUAAUUUAGGUGUUUGCAGUCACCCUGUUAUCCAUUCAGUGCGAACAUAGAAAAGUAAGAACAGCCCUAUUUAGCAUUCCUUUAUGGACUGUGAACAGGUAGAGCAAAAGGGCCAACAAGCUCAGCUUGUGUUCAGUACGGAGAUGUGGAAAGAACAGGCGAUUUGCUUCUCACUUCACCACCACAAAACAGGCCUGCCAUGAUCACUGUGUGACAGUGAUGUUGAGCUGAGGACAGUCAGGGUCACAGACUGCAGGCGGCUGUGAUGGGGAUGGGUCGCUCUGUGCCAGAUGUGCUUUUCAUGUGCUGCUCUUCCAAGGUGAAAACAAAGGUUCUCAUAGGAUUGUCUCAAGGCUCUUAUUACCCCUCGAUGCUGUGUUACACUUCAGAUUUAACAAGAAACUAGAGUAGAUGGAGCAAUCAGUGCUAAGUCUAUUGAAUAGUUUAUAUCCAUGUGCAUGCAGCACAGAGACAUUCUGCUGUCUCUGGAUGUAUUGCUUUGUUUUGUGUUUGUAGGAUGAGCUCAGAAAGUUGCUUUAUAGCAACAGACGUGCUCAAUCCAGAAGAAGGUUGUGAGGGAGGAUGCAGUGCAUCACUGCCUCAGUUUGGUCACUUUCUCUGACGGGCGCAGUUAGGUUGUGUCCAGGUUUGGAGGCAUUAAAAGUCUGCAUAGCUGUGACCCUGAGCUUGACCUAAUUCUAGAAUGUAUUCUUGCUGGUGUGGUAAAUACAUUUUCUUUAAUGAGUCUGUAAAUUUGAUCAUGUAUGAAUGUCUGAAUGUCUGUAUUUUAUUUUAGUGACUCACAUCAUUAAACCUUUUAAAGUGUCUGGAAGCCCAAGUUGUAAUCACUCAGUAGAUAACAGCUAAGAGAAAACUCCUGGUUCCUGUAUUUGGUAAUUUUCAAAGUGUCUUCAUUUAUCACUUUAUGAAAUGUAUUUAGAUUUACAUUUUUAA